AUGUCAAUACUAGCAAACCCUUUAUAUCGUCCCCUUUUUGAGAUACUUAGAUCUGCAAGGAAUGGGAUUGUUUAUGGUGGAAAAUUGAGAUUCUCGCAUGCCUUGGUGAUAAAUUUACUAUACAAGUCGGGGCCUCUACUACCAAGAAUGAAAUCUGUCUUUGAAGCAACAAAAGAUCAUGCGCAAGUAUUGGCGUCUUUUGCUAUAAUAUACAAGAUUGCAGUACAUUUCUUACAGAGCGAUGCUGUUUUGGGGAGGAAGAAUUUACGAUUGACCAAGUUUUUAGCUGGCUGUUUUGGUUCAUGGAUUGUUUACUCGGGACAUUUUAAUUUAUUUAAUGGCGGAAUCACUCACCAAAUUACAUUAUACUGUUUUUCGAGAGUUUUGUUGGCUUUGGGGAAGAUUUUAUUAGAUAAGUAUCUUGUUUGUUUUCAGCCCAGUUUUAUCAACUACCAAGGCGAUACAAUGCUCUAUAAGAAUUUAAAUGGCCAUCAACAGAGGAAAUUAAAGAAUUUGAUCUAUAACAAACUGUGGAAAUAUUUUGCUAUAAUCACUUGGGGGUUGGUUAUGUUUGUUUAUGAUUACAAGCCACAGUAUUUGCAGAGUUCUUUGCGCCAUUCAAUGACGUAUAUUUAUGAUGUUGAAAUGGAUACCUGGGAUACAUGGAGAGAGUUUUUGGGUAUUUAA